AUAAUAAAAGUCGAAAAAAAUAGCCGGUGAUCGACACGCAUACAAAACAAGAAUAACGUUAUCUAGUUAAAUUAUCGCGUGAUAUCAGUGCGCGUGUCUUAGGCUAAAAUGGAGUAUCGCGCGCAGAAGCAACACAAAUGCUCACCAAAGACGACAACAACAUCGAAACCAUCAUGAGCAAGCUUACAACCAGCUGAUAAUAUUCAGCUGACUGAAAAAUCCUCAUGUUUUCUUCACGCCGCUAUUCAGUUUAUUGUUAACACUCCGAGCUGACGGACACGACCGUCAACACUGAUUUUUUUAAAUUCAAUCAACACACGUUUACCGCGAUAACACCACCGUCAAAAUUUAUUUUUCAAAUUAUACUCAUAUUAUUGAGAGUCACUGGCUCAAAUAAUGAUUCUUUUUAAAAAAAUUUAUAUAGACAAAUAUAUCAUUGAUAUAUAAACCAUUUUUAUUCCGCUAAUCAACAGGCGUAAAAUGAAAUAAUAAUAAUUAACAAGUAAUUAACAAAAUCGUGAUUCAAAAGUAUCAAAUUUUUAAUUCCCUAAUUUUGAAUCUUUGAUUAUUUAUCUGAGUUUAUUGCACUUAGUAUAUUUAUUUUUUUUAAAAGAUUAAGAUAUAUAUAUAUAUUUUUUUAUUGACUGAAUAAACGGAAACAAUUAUUGAGGAUAUUUUUAUAAUCUCAUCUUUAAAUAUUUUAAAUAUUUAAAGUAAGAUUUAUUGAUGUGAUUGAUCACUCAUUGAUCGAUAAAAUCAGCGGUAAACGUGAUAGUAUAUUAUUGUUAUUAUUUAUUUAUCUAUAAAUCUAUUUUAUUGUGAGAUGAAUAUUUAAAUCUCUACAUUGACAAAUUGUUUUCAAAUUUUGAUACUGGGAAAAGUACUGGGUCAAAGUUAGCCAAUUUAACUCGUACCUGAAUUUGAAUUGGGUUUGAUGAACGGAUGUGUGAGUACAAGUGGACAAAAUUUGUGUUUAAUUUUAAAAUAAAUUAUUACAGAGGUACCUUGACAUUUACGAAAAUUUAAACUUGGCUCUUACUAUUAUAAAUAUUUUUUAAAAAUAAUUUAAAAUGAGUAGAGCAUCCGCGGAUUAUGUAAAAGCUGUUGAAGGCGGAAUUCAACCAACAGAGGUUGUUGAAACUAAAAUAUAUAGAAUAAGAUGGUUUAUACUGGCGAUUUUUGUAGUAUACAGUGCAUCCAAUGCGAUGCAAUGGAUCCAGUACAGUAUUAUCACCAAUAUUGUUAUGAAAUAUUACAAGAUUGAAAACUCUCUUCCGGUUGAUAUGACCAGUAUGAUCUACAUGAUAACAUAUAUACCAUUUAUAUUUCCCGCGAGUUAUAUUUUGGAUCGAUAUGGCCUAAGAUAUGCAGCAUUGGCUGGUGGAUUUGGUACAGCUUUAGGUUCAUGGGUGAAAGUAUUCAGUACUGGUCAGGACCAAUUCUGGAUAGCAUUUAUAGGUCAAACAAUCGUUGCCUCAAGUCAAUGUUUUAUUUUAUCAGUACCUGCUAGACUCGCCGCUGUUUGGUUUGGUCCAGACCAAGUCAGCAGCGCUUGUAGUAUCGGUGUCUUUGGUAAUCAAUUGGGUAUCGCAAUAGGUUUCUUGUUCCCACCUAUGCUGGUAAAAAACAGCGAUGAUCCAACAGUCAUAGGAGAUGGUCUCAGAGUAAUGAAUUACAUGAAUAGUGCAAUAACGACUGUUAUUUUUUUCCUGAUAUUAUUCUUCUUCAAAGCGAAACCUCCACUACCACCGAGUCCAGUCCAGGCUGUACAGAAUGAGUUGGAAAAAUCAGAUGAUUUUUUGCGCUCGCUAAAAAGACUCGGGUUGAAUUUCGGGUAUAUAAUGCUGCUAAUGAGUUAUGGAAUAAAUGUCGGUAUUUUCUAUGCUAUAAGUACUCUACUAUCUCGAAUUAUCGAUACUCAUUUUCCAGGAGCUGAAGAAGAUGCUGGUCGUAUGGGACUCGCAAUUGUUUGUUCUGGUAUGUUGGGCUCUGUUCUAUGUGGAGUGAUACUCGACAAAACUCGGAAAUUCAAAGAAACGACACUAGUGGUUUAUAUAUUUUCGUUAUUAGGAUUGAUAUUAUUUACAUUUAUACUAAACAGUGGAUCAAUAAUAGUAUUUUAUGUAACACUAUCUUUAUUAGGAUUUUUUAUGACUGGAUAUUUGCCCGUGGGUUUUGAAUUCGCUGCAGAAUUGACUUACCCAGAACCGGAAGGUACAUCUGCUGGUUUAUUGAAUGCGCUGGUACAAGUAUUUGGAAUAAUAUUUAUAAUGAUCUACGGUUAUCUAAUUGACAUUACGAAUGACUUUUGGGCCACCUUCGCCCUUUGCUGUGUCUUGGGUGUCGGCACAGUAAUAACGGCUAUUAUUCCCAACAAUUUAAGAAGACAAAACGCUAAAUAAUCUAUUAGCUGUUUUAAUUUACAAAAAAAAAUAUAUAUAUAUAUAGACAAAUAUUGAUAGGGUAAUGGGUAUAUUCUUAUAAAUUAUUAACGUUGAUUUAAAAAGUAACGAUUACCUGAGAUUGAAUUUAAAUUAUAGACAAAUUAUAUAACUGUUGAAUUUUUGAGUAUUUAAAAAAAAGAGGAGCCACAAAUUUUGUGCCAAAAAGUUAAAUAUUUUAUUAGAUUCCAUUAAAAUAAUAAUAAAUAAAUAAAUAAGUGAAAAAUAUAUUUAUGAUAAAGUGUUACAACGAAAGAAUUUUCAUAGAAAUUUAUCAAGUAGAGAAAAUUAUAAAAAAAAUUUAUUUUUAAUAUUUAGGGACCAGGGAGGGAUUUAAAUGAAGUUAACGCUCUAUGCGAAAAUAAUUUCACUAUUUUUAUAGGAGAAAUUAAAUUGCCAUUUUUAUGCCAUAGAAGCCUGUACCUAUAAUUAUUUAUUUAUUAUUUUAUUUAUUUAAAAAUUUAAUAGACAAUAACAACAGGAAGCCAAUUAACGAAUAAUUUACUCGAUUGAAUUUACUCUCCAAGUCUGAAAUUAACAAUACUUAUUUUUUUUUACUUUUUAGCGGUUUUAUAUAUUUAUGCAUUUAAAAUUUAUUUAACAGUAUUUUUUAAAAGCAAAUUAAAUGCCUACUUAGAUUUAAACUUUUUUUCUAGCCAUGUAUAGAUUUAGUUGUAAUCAUAAUUUAGAGUAUUGGAGUGACAAUAAUUAUUAUUAUGAUAAACAUAAAUAUAUAUAUAUAUGAUAUAUUUUAAAAAUAAGUAUUGUAUUAUAUUUUAUG